AUGCAGCGCAGUCAGCCCGCCUCGCGCCCCUCAGCAGCGGCGGCGAGGUGGGUACCCCAAGCCAGGGCGAGGCGCAUCGCUCCGCCGCUGGAAUCGGGCUGGCAACCAGGGGAAGGUGUGGUCCAGGAGCGGCGGCCUGGAGAGGCGGCCUGGCGGGUCCCAGGUCCUGUCCCCUGGUCACCCGGGCCUCACCGGCGACCCAUCUAUUCGCCGUCGCCACCCAAGCCUACCCCAGACACUCCUCCCGUGGCGACGGGUGACCAUGGCAACCCACGGUGCCCGGCGGCCCGCCCCCGCCUUCUGGAAUCCACUCACCUGAGGGCUCCGGGCGGAGCCGGCACAAGCGGCGGAGGGAAACGCGGUAGAGAGGCCGGCGGCCGGAGCCGCGAGGCAGCCGAUCCCCCGGCUGAGGCGCGAGCGCGAGGGCGGCGGUCGGGGCUGAGCAGCCCGCACGUCAAUCCAUCAGCUCGGCACCCGGUCCCCGUCGCGUCCGCCCCAAUCCCGCCUCCGACCGCUCGGCUCCGCAGACUGCGGUUGUCAAGCGCCGCUGGAGCCGGGCUCCAGCCGCCAGCUGCAGCCAAUCACUGCCCGUCCCUGGGGCCGUCUCAGGACCCCUCCUCUCCUCGCGGGGCGGCUAGGCAGGUGCCUGCGCGGAAGAGACUCGGCUGGGCCGGCCCGGGAGGAUAG